AUAUAUUUUUGUAAUUAAAAUUCAACACUGUCAUAAUAAUUCGAAAUUGGGUGUUCAAUUUCGAUGUUAUAAAUUUUCGUCUACUUGCAAAAUUGUGCAGAAUAAACGUGGAGCUUGCCUUAAAUACUUAUUCUGGGGACAGCUAUAUUUUAAAUAGCACUGCUGAGCUAUGAAGUUCUUAACGACUGUAAAUGACAUACCUGAGCUAACCCAGCCAAAUGUUCAUAUCAAGGAUAAGGAUGGUCUUUUGGACAAAAUCAACAGGAUCCUGAAAGAUGGACACAGCAAGCUGCAAAUUGUAACGGAUUUUGACCAUACUUUAACUAGGCACCAAAUGGAUAGUGGAAAAAUUGUUCUUACUAGUUUUGGUAUGUUUAAAGAUUGUCCAUCGGUACCUCAAAUAUAUAAAGAUGAAGAUAAUAGGCUCUCCAACAUAUAUAAGCCAAUUGAAGUGGACCAUAUAAUGACUGUAGAAGAGAAAACAAAACAUAUGAUUGACUGGUACAUUGCAGCACAUAAAUUGUUAAUAGGAAUGAAGUUUCCGAAGCAAGAGCUCAAAGAAGUCAGCAGGAAUAUGGUGCAAUGUUUUCGGACUGGUGUUAAAGAUCUGAUAUCGUGUAGUGAAGCCCACUUCAUCCCGGUCUUGAUAUUCUCAGCUGGACUCGGAGAAUGUGUGGUUGCUGCGAUGGAGGCUGCCAACUUCCUGCUACCUCACGUUAAGGUGAUAUCAAACUUCUUGGAUAUAGACGAAAAUGACACAAUAUUAGGAAUAAAGGGUGAAGUGAUUCACACUUACAACAAAAACGAGGCCGCUAUCAAGAACACCGAGUAUUAUGAGAUGGUUAAGGAGAGAAACAACGUCAUUCUGAUGGGAGACAAUAUCGGGGAUGCUGGGAUGGCAGAGGGGAUGGAGCACUGCGACGUCAUAAUUAAAGUGGGAUUCCUGGGGAGGAAUGUGGAGGGAAAUCUCCAGAACUAUUUAAAUAAGUUUGAUAUUGUUCUCGUUAAUGACCACACCGUUAAUGUGGUUAACGCCAUAUUGAAGCACAUGCUGUGAUUUUUAUGAUUUUUAUACAGAUAUACGCAUAUCAUUAGUAACGAGAAAUUUUUGCGUGCUAUUUACAAAAUAUUUAUACUUUUAUAGUAUGAAGUCUAUAGGACCUUAUUUUGUUUUCAUUAAAUAGAUAUUUAUAAUUUGUUUUUGGUAUUAAGAAUAUUCAUGGUUAUUUAUAUUUUAUUUUACACUAUGUUGACUUGAAAGAUCAUAAAAACCGAAAAAUAUUUUAAAAAUACAAACACGUUUUUGUUGAGUAACUUUAAUUAAUGUUUCCUUGAGAAUUAAAAAAAUACUGUUUUUUUUUAAUUGUAUAUAAGCAUUUCUAUUUCAUUAUAAUCUAGCUAUAUAAUAUACAAAUACAGGUUUGAGUAUUAAAGCCAAAUAUAGCCAAAGGCUUCAUUAGUACAAGUAUUAAUUCUGAGAUUUUUUUUUAAAAACCAAUUAAUUAUAACUCAUAUUGUCAAUGAUUAUAUGAUGAGGAGGUAGUUUUGCAGUGUUUUGAGUUAUUAAGCUAAUUUUGUUUUUCAAUAGUUGUCCUACUUUUUAGGUCUCGCUUUUUGUAUUUUAGUACAUAAAAUAACAAUGUAUAAUCAACACGGACUAUUAAUGUCUAUUGGUUAAAGAUAUUCUUGAAACUUAGUACCGAUAUUUAUUGAAUUGUUUGUAAAAAGUUUAGUAACUUUUAGAUGAAAACAUGUAGAGUUAUCUAUUGUUAUUGAAUUCCGUUAAAUUACGGAUUGUUUUUCUAUUUACUCAGAGGUGAUACGGACCCACGUUCAUAGUAUAUUUAUAGAAACGUUGAAACGUCUAUGAAUUUGGUUCCUAACGUAAAUUAGUUGACAUAUUGUGAUAAAUAAAACAAAUUUAAAAAAUUA